ACCGUGGCGAUUAAAAACUCCAUCAAGUUUCUCGUCUUCGUUCCUAUUUUUGUUUUAUUAUCUUUUGUUCGCUAAAUUUCUCUGAAAUCCAGAAAAUAGAAUCUCAAAACAACACCCCAAAAUCAAUCGCAUUUCUUUCUCUUUAAAGUUUUUCUUUCUGAUCGAAUAACGACGUCGUGUCCAUUCUUUUAUGGCGAUGGCAAAUGCAUUUGAUGAAACCACAAAAAUAUGCAGCCACUGUGACAGAGCUAUCCCAUCUUCAAAUAUUGAUUUGCAUUUUGCACAUUGCUCUCGGAACCUUGAAAGAUGUAAAGUAUGUGGUGAUAUGGUUCCAAAAAAGCGCGCUGAGGAACAUUUCUUAAACACCCAUGCUCCGGUGGCCUGUUCUCAAUGCAGUGAGAUGAUGGAACGUGAAAUCCUAGCCAUACAUAGAGGUGAAAAUUGUCCACAAAGAAUUGUUACAUGCGAGUUCUGUGAAUUUCCACUGCCUGCUAUUGAUCUUGCUGAGCAUCAGGAAGUUUGUGGGAACCGUACAGAACUUUGUCAUCUGUGUAACCGAUAUAUUAGAUUACAAGAAAGAUACAACCAUGAACUUAGCUGUACGGGUGUCCCAGAAAAUGUUGUGGGACCUUCCAGGGAUGUGAGGGCAGCUCAGAGAGACCAAGGCCCUCAAAGGAGGCAGCCAAAUGAUAUUUCGCGGAAACGACUCCUACUUACCAUUGCAAUCACCGGCAUUGCCUUUUUAUUAGGAUCACUUUUUUUCCAGAGAAAGACGGAAAACCUUCACUGAGUAGAGGAUACACAUUGGGAGUAUUUAUAUCGGCUUCAAAGCAAUGCUUUCAUUAAUCUGUAUCGAAAUAUAGAGCACAGUUAUAUUACUGUAUCAAGCUAAUUGGGAUUGUGAUAUUAUUUUGAGCGGCUAUGCAAUAUUAUUUCCUGCUA